AAUACGAUCGGACGAGAUGCUACGCAAAGCACCAGGUUCUAUAUGUGACUGUUUAAUUAUGCCAUGUACAAAAGAAGCCUUGGAACUGUCUGAAUUUCAAAGAGACCGUAUUGUGGGUCAAUCUGAAGGUGGACAUAAUCAGCGUAAAAUUGCAGAAUACUUUGGGAUCCCACAAUUCACCACAGGGGGGAAGGAAUCCACAUCACCUCGCCCAGAUCAACCAGCGCCCUCUGACAGAAUCCUCCAAGUGUGGAGGAUGAUCCUUGUUGCAAGGCCUCUAACAUGGCAGAGCAAGUUGAUGUCAGUCCCAGAACAGCUGUCAGGUAUCUCCACAAACUUGGUUACUAUGGCAGAGCAGCAAGAAGGAAGCCACUUCUUCGAUCAGCCAACAUCAAGCGGAGAAAAGACUGAACUAGUGAGAUGAUGGAGAGGCCAUUAACAUUUUGGGACACUGUCAUAUUCUCUGAUGAGUCCAGAUUUGCUGUAUUUCCUGACAGUAGUCGAAUGUCGGUCUGGAGAUUCUGUGAUCAAGAAUUCGACGUGAAAAGAUUGCAGCCAACAAAGAAACACGACAGCUAUUCAUUUUUCUAUCUUGAUAUAAUAAGUAUUUUCAUAUAUAUUCAUUUGUUAUUUAUUAUUAGUUGAUAUGUACAUUCAUUUUAUUAUUAUUAUUGUUGUAUUUUGACCUGAAGAUUAACUAUAUUUUUGAAUAGAAUUGACUUUCGAUUGAUUUAAUCGAUUUGGUUAUAUUUUAUUUUCUAUUUGAAAAUUUGGUUAUGAAACACGUGUAGUCGUUUUAUUAUUAUUAUUUUAUGAUUUUUACUUUGUAUUAUAUUAUACUUCUUUUUAGUGUAUUUACUUAUUACUUUUUCUAUAUGUGA